AUGAACUCGUUGUUGAAGGUGUGCACGUGGAACGCGCAAAUGUUGCCGGGCGUGUUUGCAGGUCAAGGAGGGACGAGAACGGACAUCGCGAAGCGCGCGCACGCGAUGGCGAAUAACAUUCUGUGCUGUUCUCGAGCGGACGCGAUCGACGUCGUGUGUUUGCAAGAAAUGUGGGAAGUCGAAGCGGCCAAGGCUUUGAAAGUGGCGCUGCGCGAGGAGUUUCCAUUCGUUUACGCCCCGAGCGCCCGAUGCGGGUUGAUGAUCGCGUCAAAAUUCUCGAUGGUGUGCAACCACUUCACUGCGCUACCGGCGAAAGGGGUCGAGAGAUUGUCGUUCACCAAAGGCGUGAGCACGAGCUUUUUGCGCUUGACUGCGGCGGAGGACCCGACGACGCGAGUCGCCAUCGUGCUCAACACGCACCUGCAGUCCGACUACUGGUCAUCCGGGCGAGACACGCGUGCGAAGCAGAUCUCGUGCAUCAAGGACGUGGUGCAUCGCGCGGAGAUGGAAUGCGCGGGUAACGGGUACGAGGUCGAUCGGAUUAUGCUCGUCGGCGACUUGAACAUCGUCGCUGGCUCGGGCGAGUACGAAGAUCUGAUGAACAAAUUUCCCGGAUCCGUCGAUCUCAUGGCGCCGUUGACUGAUAUCGAUGGAUCGAUCGCUGGACGAGAAGGAUCGACGAGAGGUGUCGACCGAAGUUUUCGUUUGACCUUUCCCGUCGCGCGUUGGCGGCACGUCGUGUUGCCGUGUCUCGGCGAGUCGCGAUACAUCGAUUUAGUGCCGAAAGUCGUCCUCGACUACGUCAUCGACCUCUCAUCGAUGGUCACGCGCGGCGUGCCGCUGCACCACAGACACGCAGACUCUGGCUACGUACACCAUGCGAUGUGUCGAGACGCUCGGGGGUUGGCUCUCAGCGAUCACUACCCAAUCGUGGCCGUGUCGCGGAAAUUCCCCGAUUGCAAAGCGACGCGGCCACAACGGCCGACGGCGCUCGCGGCUUGA